AUGGAGUUCUAUAAUUCUCGGAACGCUUACAGGAAGUGCGACGAGGUGGAGUCUAACGUGGAUGAAGUGCUGCCUGAGAAAGAGGAGCCAGAUCCCGAGCGAGGUCCGCGGGAGAAUCUACCGCGUCUUCGUGGUCUGGGAGACAAGCUGGAUUGCUUCAAGGCCAAGUACUUCGACGAGAAUCCUUUCGACAAUCCACUGUUCGCUGAAAAGCUGAUCGAGACGCCGACUCCGCCGUCGGAAUUGGACCCGGUAAAGUUUGCCUCGAGAAUCAUGGUGCUACCUAAAGACAACGACGAAUACAUCGUGCAUCAUGUCUCGAAGAAGCCGGAACGCAGUAGUCGUCAGUGGCGAAACCGAAAUCGACCGUAUGAAAUGCACGAUUCGAUACACAUCAAUUACAAGCACGAUCCACAGACCGGAAGAGGCAGGAACGCGUAUCUGCACACCGUGCGAGACUCGAGGCCGCCUAAUCCGGUGCAUAAAGCGAAGAAUCGAAAAUUGAGGCCAAAAGUGUCUAGUACCACUACGCAGUCGCCGAAAAUGCAUCAGACUACGUCUUAUCAAAACCAGGUAUACGAGGAUGUGAUGGGCAACAUCAGAAACAUGGCGAGCGCUUAUCAGGUCUAUGAGAUAACCACCUUGCCAUCGCAGAUCUUGGCGACUGCUGGUAGUGAGAAAAUAUUAAAGAUUGCGAACGUUACGCCAAAUUCUUCUUCGGAGGAAAACAAUACAUCGUUGGCGGAUGUUAUUGAUGUUGAUGACGUUACGGAUGUCACGAGCAACACGAAAUCGUCGGAGAUCAAAGGACUAGUGCCACCUCCGAAGUAUUCAGCUCCGAGAAAAACGAUUUAUAGAAAAUACAGACCGGUUAAGAGAAGAGUGUCUUUGCUGAGAUCUUCGAAUCUUCCUCGUAUCAUCGCUCAUCAUCAUACCAUCAAGAUAAAUAAGCGCAGCACGACGGACGAUGUCGCAAACAAUUCCUCUGAAAGUAUGAUUAAUGAAGAUGAAAAGACUACAACUAUAAAAUCUGCAAAAAUCAAUAUCGGAAAUGAUACAAUCGUAAAAUCAAUAGAAAAAGCGAUGCAUAAAACAAACUCGCCUGAAACGCUGGACUUGGAUAUCGAAGAGAGCAGACAAAUUAACAUGCAAGGUCGAAAUUUAUCGACGAUUCCGAAAAUCGACGAUAAGAAGAGACGAAGAAACUCCACGUAUAGUAACGAGACGAGCGAACCUUCUCACAAAAUCAUUUACACAAUCAGGGAUCGAAUCAGAUACUCGAAGCCUAAAUUGAAUACGAGAAAAUUCGGUAAGUUUAGCACGAGUUCGAAAACGGUAGACGAAGACAGCAGGCGAAAAGAGCCCCGGUAUAAUUAUCUUAAAAGAAAGAAGAAACUAAACAAUGAUUGGCGGAACAAUUCCACGAUAAUGAAUUCGACCGAAAGCAUAUUUGGAAUAGAUAAUAUAACGUCAUCGACAGAAGGUGGGGAAAGUAGCACAACUGAAAUGUAUCGUGCAGAAGAAUCUGUUCUGCGUCAAAUAAUCUACAGAAACGAUGAACAUCCAGAACAAGAAGAGAGCGUCGAUGUUGAAUCUGCGGAAAAUACCGAGGAAGAAACAGAAAAUGCGCCAAACAUGUAUCAAGUUCGCGAGGACAUCGAUGAGGAGCACGAUUUCACAACCACGAAGAGAUCGACGACUUCAAACUCGAAGAAAGUCCUGGAUCUACAAAAAUAUUUGGCAUCUGAUCCACCAGGAUACGCAGAAACAUUCUCCGAGGAAACGACGACAUUACCGAGCAAAUAUCGCGCAGACGUAAAUCAUGAGUUAGAAGACGACGAAAAAAAGCAGGACGAAGAGACUGAUGAUUUCUCCGAGAAAACUGAAGAACAAGUCGAAACGCCGAUGAAGACGGACUCGUCUGUGCGAGACGACGAUUCAGAGGAACUUUCUUCAAAAGAAGAGGAAGCUUCUGAAAAGGAUCAGACGUUUUUCACGUAUACGAAACGACCAUCGUCGGCUGAAAAAGAAAAGGAUAACGAAGAUUUCGAAAAAAAAACGUUUUAUCGUCCAUUUCCAUUUUCAAGAUAUAAAUCAAAGUUCAAAAAGGAAAGCGAGGAGGAUGAUUCCGAAGAGGAGAGCGAGGAAAAGAAUGAAGAUUACGUGUUUCCUUGGCAUGCCGAUAAUGAAAAUAAGAAAGACAAACGCAAGUGGUUACAGAACUACGAAAGAUACGAAUAUCCUUGGGAGAAGAGAGAGAGACAGGCAAGGGAACAACGAAGGAAACAGAAACGAGCCAAUAGGCUCAGAAAGCUGAUUUUCGACGACGAGGACGAAGAAGAGUCUACGAGAUACGAAAGACCCAUUUAUGCUUGGGAGAGAUACGAUGUUCCCUCCAAGACUCGUGUGAACACGCGUAGACGCGAUAUCUCACACAAAUAUAUCGACGAUAGCGAAGAAUCUGCCACCGAGAGAUUGCCAUUAACGAAGUUCAGUAGCAAAUAUAGUUCCAGUGACAGAGUAAAACCGUCAAAUGCGGGAGAGAUCAGUCGAUCCAUCAAAAAAUUUUUGGAGGAAGAUGUAGAUGACGGCUUCAAAGAGAAAACUUUGAAAAAAACCGAAGAUCGCUCUCCUUUAUUCGCACGGAAAUCAUUACCACCCAGAGGAACGCUCGUACCGGAAGACAUCACACAACCGCCAAGAAAAAAAAAUAGACGAAGAAAAAUCUCUCAAGUAGAGACGAACGCAUCGAAUAACUCGCCCUAUGAUUCGAAAAAAUUAAAAAGCCCAGGAAUCAUUAAUAAAGAAGAAGAAGAAAAUCCAGUGGUGGAAUAUCAGAAGCUGAACAAAAGUAACGUAGACGAUUCAGAAUCGCGUAUAAAGACAGUGAGUCAGUUGUCUAACAGCACGAAAGAACCUUUUUUCACGAUUGAACCACGUAAAAAACAUCGACAAAGAAUCUGGAAGAACAAUUCUACGAUUUCCUUUAAUAAUGCAUCUGCCGAGCCUAUUUUUGAACCUAUCAAAAAAAGACGCAGGAAACCUCAAGCGUUAGUUUCGCCUUCGCCGAGCGUCGACCUUGACACGAGUAAGUCAGUUUUCACGUCCGUUCAAAGGAAAUAUUCCAAGGCAGACGAGUCUACAAAGACAAAUACGUCGGAUUCUUCCAAAAAGAAUACUACGGUUAAAACGAUACAAACUGACAAUCCCGAAACUGAAACUUCAACUCCGAAAACGCGGACGGUCGAACAUCGAUCGAAAGUCUCGAAGGAAAAAAUUGUCACGAAGACUACUUAUCCGAACGAAGUAGAAAACUUUUAUCCCGCGAACAUGACAUUUGCUCGAAAAGAGCCGGAGGUAAAAUUAAAAAUCAAAUCGAGACGCAAAAAGAAUAUUAAUAAGCAAAAAGAUAAUAAUAGAAAUUCAACUGAUAAGGAAAAGUUGAUAGAACAAAAGGCUAAUAAAAAAGAUUACGGUAUUAAACUCGUUAAUACAGAUGAGAUCAAAAGAUCGGCGAUAACAGAAAAAUCUCCCGUCAAAAAUAAAGAUCCUGUUAAAAGUUUUGAGAUAAAGAAGGAUGAAGUUAAAAAGAUAAAUGAUUAUAAUAUUUACGAUGGAAUUAGUAAUGACAAGAACGAUAGUGACGACGGUGACUUUUGGAUGUCGACAGAGGCUUAUACAGUAAGCAACCUACUGCAAAAUGUUCCACCUAAUCGAAUAAAAAAUGAUCAAGCCGACGAAAGUGAAUCGAGUAGGAUAAAUGAAGAAUGGAAAGAGCAACACAGCAGCGAGACGGAAAAAGGAGAAAAAGACACGGAAGACAGACAGAGACCAUUAUUACAGGCUAAGUUUAUAAAAGAUCCGGAGCACAGGCUAUAUUAUUAUAUAGAACGUAAAUAA